AAUGGGCAAAAAGUUUCUGAGUCUUUCAGUCUAAGACCCAAAGCCUGCGCAACAUCACUUGAUCUGAGCCACUUCUAAAGAGACAUACAAGGCUGGGCGUGCUCACACCUGUAAUCCCAGCACUUUGGGAGGCCAAGGCGGGUGGAUCACUUGAGGCCAGGAGUUUGAGACCAACCUGGCCAACAUGGUGAAACCCCCGCUCUGUUAAAAAUACAAAAAUUAGCCGGGCAUGGUGGUACACACCUAUAAUCCCAGAUACUCAAUACACAGGAGGCUGAGGCGGGAGAAUUGCUUGAACCCAGGAGGUGGAGGUUGCAGUGAGCCAGGAUCUGCACUGCACUCCAGCCUGGGCAACAGAGACUGUUUAAAAAAAAAUAAAGCCCCACAGAUAGUUGGGGUCACACCAGGUGAGUGUGCGGCCAGUAGAAGAAGCUGCCUGCCCCUUGGCCUAGGCAUGCUCUCCAGGAUGCAGCCUCACUUCAUGGGCUUCCUCAGCUCCAUGACCUGUCAUUACUGUGAUGAGAGAGAGGCGAUGCCUGUUUGCCUUUACCCGGACUCCAGGAGGAAGCCCAGCCCCACCGCGCAAUCUCAUCUCUGCAUGGCAGGCUCACCACCACACUCACAUCCACUGGAUCAGGGUCCCACAGCCCAGGCCCCAUGCAUUGCCCUCAGCUGGCACCCUCCCACCGUCCCCUUCUUUGGUAUGCCCCUCAGCCCUGCUGAGAGCCCCUGUGCUCUCCAGGCUCCUCCAGCCCAGCACCUCCCAGGACAGAUCCUCAUUCCCUGCAGCUCCAGCCCCAGGGUGACAGCCAGGUUGGAAGAGGCAGCUGAAGCUGUGAAACCACCUCACACGGGAUUGAGAAAACACUCGGUCGACAUCAAGGAGUGGUGCUCAGAGAGUGCUGAAGCUGUCACUUGGCACUGCCACUGUCACUCUUUCACAAACCCAAAACCUCAAGGGCAGGGAGCUCCAGGAGGCAGGGGCAGAACCAGGCUGCUCAGCCCUGUGGCUCUCCUGCCCAGCCACCUGCCAGGAGACCAGGCACCUGACCAAGGACAGCCCCCAAAUGCCCAGUCACCACAAGUUCUUUCUGGGUUCUGGAGUCCCACACAGCCAGUAUGAGGGUGUUUUAAACAGUCAUUUCUCCACCUUCCAGAUUGUUCAGAGACCACCUGGGUCUGAAAAGACCCCUCUCCCCCUCAGAACCCAUGGGCUGCUGGGGCAGUUAGCUGUGCAGCCCCUGCUGCCUCCCGGGGUGAGGACUAAAUGAGUCCGUGCAGCUUUCAGCACGUCACCCUUUGCGACAUCCUCACUGGGGAAUGCCAGCUGGCCAGGCCUCCCUGGGGAGCUGGGGGUGGUUCUGCCCUUCUGGAGCCCUCUCGUCUCUGAAGGACCCUCAGCCAAGCAGGGAGGCAGGCUCUAGAGUCGAGGUGAGCCUUGCCCUUCAGCGGGACCUCCCAUUUUUCACUUUUCAACCCGUGCUGGGCUCCAGGGACCUGGUAGGUAUGUACUCUACUCAUGGCUGAUGGCAGGAGCUCUCCCUGCAGCCACAGCUUGGGGGCCACACUCCUGCCUCUGAAUUCCAAAAAAUGAGGCCGGCUUUUGCCCAAAUCUGCAAUCCCCAAACUAGAGCAUGCAUCUCCACGAUGCAGGUUCCCAGGCCCAGCACCAAACUUUUAUUGGAAUCCAGAGGCCUGGCCCAGGCCCAGUGGUCUGCAGCUUUCACUUCCCACCCUGACUUCCUAUUCUAUGCAGGUGUUCCCUGGAAAAGUAUUGAGAAACCUGUGAGAGGGGAGCUCAAAGUUCCCAACAGCUGCAGGCCUGACCCCAGAGGGCCCUUGGGAGUUAACUUUGCAGCUGCCGGUGGGUGGAAGGAACCGGCCUCCAAAGGCCUCACCUGUGGCUUCCUGCGUUCCCAGCCCUACACUGGCUUACCUGUGGCAGGCCAGGGCCUGCGCGGAGCUGCUUCCCAGAGCUCAGGUGAGCUGUCCCCGUGAGCAGCUCUCUGGGGUUGUGCUCAGGCCUGCGUUCCCUGCUGAUGACAGUGAGUCCAGACUCCACAUGCACCUCACCUUGUCCUCCAGGCACGGCUGUGGCCAGGUCACCGGGAAGCCCUGCGCUGGGAGGGGCCGUUGAGGUAAGUGCCUUACUAAGGUUUUCCACUUUCUGCAGGAGCCUCCCUGCCCCAGGGCAGCAGGAGGGGCCUCAGUUGCCACCUCCCCUCUUGGGGUGCAGUGCAGGUCUGCCGUCUAGACGCCUCCAGGCCUGGGCAAACUCAGCAUCCCUGCCCCUGCCGCACCUGGGCCACCACCAGCCUGGUCCAGGGUGUGGGGUUUUUCCCAGAUUGCUGUGGAAGGUCAUUGGCAGCACAGCACACAGCACCAGCAAGGUCAGGAACAAACCAAGAAGCCCUCAGUGCAGCCUCCAUGGCAGCCAUGAAAACAAAACAUGAAUUUUAAAGUAACAGUGCCACUGUGCACUGCUGGUGGGAAUGUAAGGUGGCGCAACCACUGUGGAGAACAGUCUGGCGAUUCAGAAAUUCAAACAGUACUACUACCGUAGGAUCCAGCGUUCCACCUCCGGGUGUACACCCGAAGAAGUGAAAGCCAGAACGCCAAAAGAUUGCACAUCCAUGUCCACGCAGCACUGUCCACAGUAGCAAAAGGUGGAAACAACCCAUGUGUCCUUAGAUGAGUAGAUAAACAAACCAAGGUGCGUCUUUCGGUACAAUGGAAUGUUACUCAGCCUUGUAAAGGCAAGUGACACAUGCUACAACAUGGAGGAACUUUGAGGACAUUAUUCUAAGUGGUAGAAGCCAAUCACAAAAGGACAAAUGCUGUAUGACUCCACGAAUCUGAGGUGUACCUGGCACAGUCAGAUUCAUAAAGACAGAAAGUAGAUUAGAGGCUGCCAGGAGCUGGAGGGAAGGAAUGACUUAGUUUCUAAUAGGGACAGAGUUUCUGCUUAGAAUGUUUAACAAGUUCUGGAUAUGGUGCGGAUGGUUGCACAUUUUAUGUCAUGUAUGUUUUAUGACAAAAAAGAAAUGGCCUG